AUGGAAGAUCAAUCUGAAAAUAUUGCAUAUGACGAGACCUGUGCGAGUUUGGGUCGCAUAACUUUGGUGCAAAUCUGUUAUUUAAUUGCAAUAAUUGAUUUGGCUCAGUCACUAUACUUUCUGGUUCAGUCAAUCGAUGCUAUGGGUUGGAAUGUUGGUAUUUACUCAAUUGUUGUAUUCCUAGGCUCGAUAUUUUGGAUUAUUAUGGUUAUACUGCUUUUGAUGGGUCUAUGGAAGCAUCGUAUUCGGCUAAUUUGCUGUUGGCUGAUUUUUUCGAUCAUUGGCAUUAUUGUGGAUAUACUCAUUUUUAUUUGGACGAUUUCCGUUACCGAGUACGUAGAGUGGCCGAAAAUUAUACAGUUCACCCUCAUAUAUUUGGGCAUAGUUCUUGAAUGGUUAUGCAUUUAUAUUGUCUACAGAUAUUGUUUGAGUAUCGUGAGGGUUCAGUUUGAAGAAAAUGGUAGCUCGAACAAGAAGAAAAAGCUCAGCCCACAUAAGAACCAACAGAAGAAUCAGAAGGAAAUAUGGAAGCCUCAAAGAAAUCAAGAGUCUGUAUCUCAACCUGAGCCGCAUAAAGGAGAUACCGUAAUUUACAUCGGUGCGCCGAAAUAA